AGCACUUUCAAGGAUAUUUUUGGACGUAAUUUUUUGGAGUAUAAAUAUGAGUAGCUUUGCUGUUGGCAAUUCAGUACGACAAGCGCAACGCUGCUGAGUGGACGCGUCAAGCGCUUGAGCCGAAGCAAAAAGGGAGUGUGUUUAUAAUUUUGUGCGAUUUAAAGUGUAGAAAAAGACGAAAUUUUUUACGACAAACUUUUUUAAAGUGUUUUGAAUUUUCUGCGAGAAAUAAAUAACUGUGUAAAUUAUGGCUAUACCUUUCUACGAACCACGUCACCAGCACACAACUGAGUGCGAUCAAGUGGAUGGACAUUUUCCGCCAGCGCCAAGCAGCCAGUCCGUGGCAUUGCCGACGGCAAAUCUGGCUAUGCCUGUGGCCGUAAUGCAACCGGCGGCGGCCAGCACAAGUACAAACGCACCGAGAGCACUUUCGACGGGUAUCGCAACAGCGACGGCUAUUUCCAGUGUUUCUACGCCAGCGACUGCAAUUUUUUCAGCCACAUCCACAUCUUCGAGCGCAGUUACAACUUCGACAAUGACCCAUACAACAGAAGCUAUAGCUUCAAAUGUGAGCGCUACUUCGACCACAACCACAUCCUCGCAUACCGUCACGUCUUCGUACUCAGCCUCUGCACCUGCCGCCGCUACAGCAAUAUUUUCAAUAACAGCUAGCAAUCCAGCCAUUUCCACUUUCUUGCCGACCAACGACACUUCUACUGAAUCCACGCAAACGACUUCUUCCCCUUCAGCCGCUCUCGCAUCAGAGCCUCUGCCCUGGAAACUGCUCGCCGUGGCUAUGUGUAAAGCUUUAAAACAAUACUAUCAACAAACUGGUUCCAGAGAUCUCCUUACCAAAACCGUCAUCGAGAUAGUGCCAAGUGGAGGAGUUGGCGCACAAGGCCCACCAUCAGCCGCCGGCAAUUAGAAGGCCGAGUUACAGAAGAGUUACUAAAAUGUUACGUUCCUGGUAAGGGCCCGAGCUCGAACGGCGUCCAGUGUAUUGUGUGGUAAUGCUCCAGAAAAGCGCAAUUGUGAUGUUUGUCAAAUAUGCUUUCCAUGCGACGGUGCGGAGAAGUUUCAAAUACUUUGCUGCGACCGUCGGCAAAAGCAAAGCGUGCCGCCGUUUUUAUAGGAAAGCAAUUUAUUAAAGUGAGGUGUAUGAAAUAAGCGUAAUUGUGAUAGCGUUUAUAAGUUAAGGAAACGUGUUUGAUUAGAUUUAAUAAAAAUCAAAAACCCACAUGAGUAUUUUAAGCUUGAAAUAGUUAUUUGGCAUAGGUAAUAUUAGAAAGUUAUGGAAGCAUUA